AUGGAAUGCAGUUGUAAGGGAAAAAGAAAGCCACCUGUUCCACGCGGUCCGGUAACUUACAAUGGGUCAAAGUCGCUCUGUCGUGCCUUCAUGGUGUUGGCAGAUGACUCGCAGAGGAAUCAUGAAGUGUAUAACCCUCUUGGGUCGGCUUGUGUGUUGGGACGAGAGAAACGCACUUGUGUUAAAUCGCAAUGUCAAUGUCUCUGCGCGAGGCGCCUUCAGAUGCUUAGCGAAACUAUGUACGAUAAACUAGAGGCACUACAAGUAGCUCACGAAAUUGAAACGAGGCAACUACGUUGUGAGGUAACACGGCUUAAGCGGAAUGUUGAGCUCUUAACAUCAUUCCCACAUUCUAUGGGACCACGGGGUCAGGAACUUGGCUUGGUGGAUCAAUUAUUGCUGCAAACCCAAACCUACCAGGAACAGUUGAAACAACUAAAGAAAGAGAAAGAUCAGGCUGAGGCCAAAGUACGCCAUUAUGAGCGAAUGAUGGAUGCGCAAAGUGCAUUAUUGCUUGGUGAGAAUUGUUAG